AUGGCGACCAUUCAACAAUGGAAAGUAGAGGAGCCCUACCUCAACAUCCACUGCGCGCUGGGUGAGGGGCCGUACCAUGAAAAGGCGACCAACGUCCUGCGCUUCGUCGACAUCAAGAAGAAGCAGGUCCACUUCGUCGACCUCGCACAGGGCCCCGGAUCGCUGCGUACAGUGCAGCUAGACGUAGCCGUCGGCGUCACGGCCGACAUCCAAGGAGUCGACCCCAAGGACAAGAUCCUGGUCGGGCUCAAGUACGGCAUCGCCGUGCUAGAUGUGCAGACAGGGGAGUACGAGUACGUUGGCAAGCUGUACGAGCAGGACAACGAAAGACUGAGGGCCAACGACGGGGCCGUUGAUCCUCACGGGCGCUUCUGGCUCGGUACCAUGACGGAUUUUGGGUUGGGCGAUUUCCAGGUUGAAGGCGCUCUGCACCGCUUCGAUGGCAAGUCGAGCAAGGAGGAGGUUCUCAAGGGCCUCAUGAUCCCCAACUCAGUCGGCUGGUCGCCUGACAACAAAACCAUGUACUUCACCCACUCCACCGAGCGCAAGGUGUAUGCGUGGGAUUACGCCCCCGAGGAUGGCGCGCUCUCGCGCAAGCGCGUCUUUUACAGCCACGACGGCCCCGGAGAGCCCGACGGCUUCCGCGUCGACACCGACGGCAACCUUUGGCACGCCGUCUAUGGCGAGGGUCGCGUUCUCAAGAUCUCGCCCGACGGCCAGCUCGUCGGUGAGGUGCUGCUGCCCACGAAGAACAUCACCUGCACGCAGUUUGUCGGCACUGAGCUCUUCAUUACGACGGCAUCGCUCGAGGAGGGCGACGGGAAUGAAACGCAACGGGAGAAUGGGGGCGCGCUGUUCCGCGUCGACGUCGGCGCCAAGGGGCUUGAUUUCUUUGAGUUUAAGCUCUGA